GCAUGCCCGCGCCUGUGACUGUAAAUGCCGCACUGACUUUUCUUUCUUGCGUCCUUUUCGUUUGUAAGAUACCCAGUAUAUACAAUGGCUUUUCGAAUUGCUUCUAGGCGGGUGUGCGCUUCACUGCGUGCGCCCCGCGUAAAUUGCGUUUUGACUCGUUUUGCUUCUUCGGCGGCGGCAGCGGUGCAGGGCUCGAGUUUGCCGCAAGAUGUCAAGGACGCGAUAGCGCGCGAUGCGACACUAGCUACCCCAGACCCAGCCCCAGGCUCGAAGACCGCAGGCCUCGUCAACCAGCAGCUACCGUACAUGGUCCCCACCUAUGUUCGCCCACCGCCGAUGUUUGAGAAGGGCGAGGGGUGCUACAUGUGGGAUGUUGAGAACAGGAAAUACCUAGACUUCACAGCCGGUAUUGCUGUCAACGCUCUGGGGCAUUGCGAUGCUGGCGUCGCGGAGGUCAUUGCUCAGCAGGCUAAGCAGCUGAUGCACACCUCGAAUCUCUACCACAACCCUCACACCGGCCUCCUCUCGAAGCAGCUCAUCCAGCUCACACACGCGACCGGCGGCUUUGCCAGCGCAACCAAGACCUUCAUCUGCAACAGCGGCUCCGAGGCCAACGAAGCUGCUAUCAAGUUCGCGCGCAAAACCGGAAAGUCACUUCAGCCAGACGGCUCGAAGCAUGAGUUUGUUUCCUUCCACAACUCCUUCCACGGCAGGACAAUGGGAAGCCUAAGCGCCACACCAAACCCCAAAUACCAGACACCAUUCUCGCCCAUGGUCCCUGGAUUCAAGUACGGCACAUACAACGACAUCGAAGGUAUCAAUAGCCUGGUCACAGAGUCGACAUGCGGUGUCAUCAUCGAGCCGAUCCAGGGUGAGGGCGGAGUCAACGUAGCAACACCUGAGUUCCUACUCGCCCUCCGCAAGCGCUGCACAGAGGUCGGCGCAGUUCUGAUCUACGACGAGAUUCAGUGCGGUCUCGGCCGUACAGGUACCUUCUGGGCUCACGCCAUGUUCCCCAAGGAGGCCCACCCAGACAUCGUCACCACGGCCAAGGCGCUUGGUAACGGCUUCCCCAUCGGCGCUACCAUCGUCAACGACUUCGUCUGCGACCACAUCAAGACUGGCGACCACGGCACAACAUUCGGUGGCAACCCCCUCGGUAGCCGCGUAGCCUCGUACAUCCUGUCUCGUCUCUCGUCGCCUGAGCUCCUGGAUGCUAUCCCAGCAAAGGAGCAAGCGUUCCGCAAGCACUUCGAUGCUCUGCGCCAGCAGUACCCUGGGCAAAUCAAGGAGGUCCGCGGAAAGGGUCUGAUCCUCGGUCUGCAGCUCGACGCUGAUCCUACUGAGAUCGUCACAGCUGCUCGUGAGCGUGGGCUGCUUGUCAUCACCUGCGGCACCAACACACUACGUUUCGUUCCGCCCCUGACGAUCACUGAGGCCGAGAUCGAUGAGGGUAUGCAGAUUCUGAACGAGGCGAUGAAGAGCGUCUGGAUCAGGGGUGAGGAGGUUGAGGGCACAGACGGGCAGCAGGAGAUGAGGUAAAAACGAGCCUGUGUCAAUAAGCAUGGCGCAUUGGUUUAAGGGUUUCAUAGUCGAGCGAUAGAGCGAAUUGCAUCAAAAGCUUCCUUUCUCAGCAGCUGACGCUA